GGUCGUGGUUGAUGUUGGGACGUGCUGACUGUUCUGAGUGCAUGUGGGUUCAUUUCCUCUGUGUGUUUCAGGGAAUGGCUACACACGGACGAAGCCGCUCCGCUGGUGGUUCCGGCCCGCAYGGAGAGGAGCGUCGAGGGACGACGUCGUCGCCGGCAAGGGAAACGAGUCGGGGAGKUGGCGGUGGGGAGGAAGAACGACGKGCUCAAAAMUURUGRUGCGACUACAGCAAACGUGUCUGGUAUUUGGAUUGGGCGAGCCAGGACGGCUCCGACCCGUUGCAACCACCGUGCGGGCCGCUCUUGUUCGUCGUCGUUCGCGCCGACAGAACGCGUCUCGCAGGGUCCAUCGUCCAGUGGGUCGACGUUGGCGAAUACAAUUUCAAGUUUACGUUGAAGAAGCAUUACAGAAGUGAUGGUUCCAUCGACGACAUUGCAAAAGGAUGCAAGGUUGUCGGGAGGAUGUUCAGCGGGUACGGCCGGCGUGCGAUGUCUUUGCCGUACUUUGUCCCGCUAGCGCCGGGGCACGAUGAGGCCGUUCACGUGACAGACUUCCUUGAGGUUUGGGCGAGAUCUGGUACCUCUGUCAGUGCCGUGGACGUCGGACCUGGGACAUCGAUCAGUGGUCCUGUUGGGUUCGUGGGAGGAAAGUGCUCUGAAAGGGGGAUAGGAGGUCAGGAUGGCCUGCCAGCUAUGCCUCCUGAUCAAGAGGUGGGCAUGUCAGACGACUCGGAGGACGACCAUGCACGUGCUCCUUUGAAACCGGGCUUGCAUGGAUCUCGCCGCCAAGAAUCGACGACUCCUUGUGGUCUGGUCGAAAGGAUCGGUUUGUUCGUUCGUGGCAUGCAGGUGGCCGAGGUUUCGCCUGGAGAUCGCGUGGGUGGUCCGCAGGUUCGAGAGGUGCGUGGGUCAGAUGAGACGACUCGUCGGGCCCGACCUGCGCCUGCGCAACUGCAGACGGAGUUGAGCCAGGAACGAGAAGCAAGUGGGAACGUCGCUGGUGAGGAGGAGAUGUCCGAGCAGGGGCUAUUCCGUGAGAGAGCGGCUGAAAAGACUCAGUCGGGAGGAAAGCGCAACUUGCUAGAUGAGGAAGAGCAAGAGGGAGUAGGUGCUCUGAAAAGGCAAAGAAAGGUAGGAGGGAGUGCUCGGACGCCAACAACACGAGAGGGUGGUUCCGUUGAGAAGUGGAAAAGGGUUGGAGGUGGGGAUGAAAUGCCAAAAGACUCGUCGACACAGCGAAGAACCGAUGACUCCGUUUUCGCUUUGGGAGAUAAGUUAUAUGAGGAGUGGUCGAAAGGAAAACUCCUUGCUUCCGACGGUCGGCGUUGGACUGAAAAGCCGCCCACCCAUGAGGAGGUGGCCAAGCCAGGACUCUCCACUGUGACUGACAGCGAGGGGCUGAAGAAACACGUCUGGUACGUGAAGGUGGACGACCCGUCGUUGAAAAAGGGCAAGGGAAAGCCAAAGAAAGGAGCGGAGGAGAAAACUUUCUACGUCCAAGUUCCUGAGCCGGAUGUCCACUACUGGAAGGAAUUGGUGGACUUGACGGACCGCGAGAAGAAAAGGCUGUUGAACGGUGUCUUGAACCUUAACGUCGUGUGGGUUCAAACGAGUAGCAAGAAGUUGGCCGAGCAAGGGAAGUUCAGUGUCAAGGAGAUGGUCGACAUAAUAAAAAUGGACCGGAUUAUGCUGAGGCUGUUGCACUACGUGGAGUUCGAGUACGAGGAAAUGGAUAAGCGGGAGUGGAAUGCCAACUCCACGUUCUUCAGGUCCAAGAAGCAACUGUUUGAAGAUUUCAAGGACAAAGGUCUCGACGACAAGCUUUGGAACGAGAGCAGGAAAUUUUUCACGGACUCCACGUACGUCAACAAGUGCCCUCAGUUUCUCGGGUGUCAACACGACAACAACAUCAAGAGAACGGCGACCCUCGUCAACGAUCAGCAUUUCCAGGCGGAGUGGAAGCGUGUCGUCCUUUCGGUGGUGUGGAGUUUGCUUCAGCAGGGAAGGCACGUCUUGGCCGUGGAUGGGGACACAACGCAGCUUGAAUACAUCGUGCAGUAUAUCACCCAUGAAGUGUCGUCCAAGGCUUACCCAUGCGAUUUCCACCAUGUCGUGGUCGAGCCCGGUUAUGACCCGAACAAGGACAUGUUCUUCAAGUUGACUCCGAAGAAAAAGCGCCAGGUCUACUCCUUCCUUUACGGCGAACAACCAAGGUUAAGAUUUGACCCGCAGUACGUGGUGCGGAAGGAAGUCGCCAUUGCGGUCCUCCAGGGCUACCAUGGAGCGAGUCGGGCCGGCGCUGUGAGCUUCAUUAAGAGGCUCGAAUAUGUGUUUCUUAACGAGAAUGUUGUCGAUCCGGCCGACUUCACUUUGGAUAACUACAAGCUGGCAUUCGGUGAGGAGGACGACUUCAAUAUCGUGACUGAGCAGGAGGAGAGCGUUGAGGACGACCUCUUCGAUUUGGACGGACAAUUGGCCAUCUUCAACGCCCAAGUUUCUGAGUAGCCGUCAGUAUGCAAACCGGGGACACCUCUCGCUACACCCACCUCGGGUGACCCCACGCC